AUGGCCGACGCUCGCGAUGGCCCGUCCGUUGCGGCCAGGCUCAAACUGUGCGCGCAAGCCACAGGAGAGGCGGUGGCGCCGCAAGACGAGGCGAUGAUUCGCAUCCUCUCGCAGCUCGCCGUGGAGCGCAACUGGUGGAGCUUCAGCGUCAACCCGACGCCCAUGGGCAAGCAGUUCAUUGCACACCCGCAGCACCAACAGAUGCAGCAACCCCAGCCCAACGAGUCGCCCGAGGGGUGGACCAGGGUUGGGAAGGGCGGCAUGCCGGACAGGUUCACCAUGAGGAACCCUGGCCGCAAGCCGCCGGGCAAGGCGGUCAAGCGCAAGCCUGACCGCCAGCCCGCACCCAAGGGAGGUGGACCCCCACCCCCCUCUCCCAAGGUGAACAAGAACAGGCUGAGCGCGCUGGGCGCUGGCCCUUCUGGCACCAGCGGGAGGCACGAGCGCGCACCGCCGCGCUCCCCCUCCCCCUCCUCGCCGCCUGCCAAAUCACCGCGGCCGUCUGUGCCUGCUUCCGAGUAUGACUCCGAGUUCGACUUUUCCGACGCUGAGGCGCAGGAUAGGACGGCAGGGGUCGUACACGACGCAGUUCAGCAGGCUGUGAUGCAAUACGGCUAUGACGACGAGCUCUUCCAGGCGUGGAGGGACGGCGAGAUACGGCGAAAGGACUUGCCGGAGGAGGUGGUGGCUAUGGCUUUGGACCUUUGCGAGAGGUGGCGAGCGGAGCAAGAGCGGUGUAGGCGCGUCCACGCGGCGCAGCGGCUCUCCCGCGACCCCGGCCCCUCUCAUAGCCGCAGCCGUAGCCGCAGCCCCAACUCUUGCCGCUCUUCCGUGUCGGGUUGUGACGAGGGGUGA